AUGAUUCAUGGUCCAUGUGGUACUCUUAAUAGUUCAUCGCCUUGCAUGGCUGAUGGAAAAUGUACUAAAAAUUUCCCUAAAGAUUUUACCAAUGAUACGGUCACAAAUGUCGACGGAUACCCAAUAUAUCGUCGAAGAAAUCCUGAAAAUGGCGGACAGUCAUUUAUUAAAAAUAUCAUCAACACAGACAUUGAUAUUGACAAUCGUUGGGUGGUGCCAUAUUCGCCUCUGCUGAGCAAGACAUAUAAUGCUCAUAUUAAUGUUGAGUUCUGCAGUUCUGUGAAGAGCAUCAAAUACAUUUGCAAGUAUGUCCAUAAAGGCAGUGAUAUGGCUGUGUUUAGAGUGGAAAAUACUAAUGUGAAUGCUCCUCCAGUGAAUAAAAACGAUGAAAUAACGCUCUACCAAAUUGGUCGGCACAUCAGCUCCAAUGAAGCUGCUUGGCGUAUCUUUGGUUUUCCAAUUCAUGAACGGGAUCCAGCAGUUGUUCAGUUAGCCAUCCAUCUUGAAAACGGUCAGCGUGUAUUUUUCACGAACGAGACAGCGAUUGAUCGUGCAAUAAAUCCACCUAAAACUACACUCACUGCAUUUUUUGAAUUGUGUAAUCGUGCGGAUGAUUUUGGUGCCUUUGCACGAACAUUACUCUAUUCACAAGUACCACGCUAUUUCACAUGGACUCAAACAAAAACAUGGAUGCCCCGCAAGCAAGGCUCACCAGUUGCUGCAUGUCUCAAUUUAUUUAAAUCAAACGCCUUGGGGCGAUUAUUUACAGUCAAUCCAAGACACACGGAGUGCUUUUAUCUUCGACUGUUGUUGGUUAAUGUUACUGGCCCAUUAUCAUUUCAAGAUAUACGUAAAGUGAAUGGGCAACAAUAUCCAACGUAUAAAGAUGCAUGCCUUGCACUCGGCUUGCUGGAAGACGACAACCAGUGGGAAUGCAUGCUUGCUGAAGCUGCAUUGAACUGUACAGCAAUACAAAUUCGCUAUAGUGUUGACUACAUGUUUCCCAGCCCGAGUACAGAUAUUAUGGGAAAAUCACAAAGAUUCAAUGACUGA